AUGGCCUCUCCGGCUGUCAAGAAAGCGAUUACCGAGGCGGCGUUGCAGUACACAAAGCCCGAGGGCAAGGUAUUUGAGUAUGGCACAGCAGGAUUUCGCAUGAAAGCCGACCUCCUCAACACCGUUGUUUUUGCAGUGGGCUUGCUUGCAAGCUUGCGGUCGAAGAAACUUAGCGGACAAUGGAUUGGUGUUAUGGUUACUGCUAGCCACAAUCCCGCGGAGGACAAUGGUGUCAAGUUGGUUGACCCCAUGGGUGAGAUGCUUGAAGCCGAGUGGGAAGCAUACGCGACAAAACUGGCAAAUGCCCCAUUGGAUAAGAUCGCCGAUGUCUACGACGAACUUGUUAAGGAAAUCGACGUGAAGAUGACCAACCCCGCUCGUGUGGUAUUCGCUCGUGACACCCGUGCUUCUGGCUCCCGUCUAGUGAGCGUGCUGAAUGCCGCGCUCACCGCAACGGAGGUCGAGUUUGUGGACUUCAAAUACAUGACCACCCCUCAGCUCCAUUACGUCGUUCGCUGCAAGAACACCCUUGGAACACAAUACGAGUAUGGCGAGCCAACUGAGCAAGGAUACUAUGAGAAGCUUGCAAACUCCUUCAAGAAGGUCAUGCGGGGAGUCAAGGUCCAGGGUUCCUUGACUGUGGACUGCGCCAACGGUGUCGGUGGACCUAAAUUGAGGGAACUGAUGAAGUACCUCACUGGAAUCGAUAUUAAGAUUGUCAAUGAUGAUGUGAUCAACCCUGAUGCCCUGAACUUUGAUUGCGGUGCGGACUAUGUUAAGACUAAGCAACGUGCUCCUCCUUCUUCAAAAGCUGCCAUACUUGAUCGAUGCGCUUCGCUUGACGGCGACGCCGAUCGUCUUGUUUACUACUUCCAGGAUGAGAGCAACGUGUUCCGUCUUCUGGACGGUGACCGCAUUGCUACUCUUGCGGCGUCUUUCAUUGGCGAUCUUGCCCGCAAUGCUGGAAUUGCUUCCAAGCUGAAGAUUGGUGUUGUCCAGACCGCCUAUGCUAACGGUGCAAGCACGGAUUACAUUGAGAAGGUUCUCAAGCUCCCCAUUAUUUGCACCAACACCGGCGUGAAGCACCUCCACCACGCUGCACUGCGGUUCGAUGUUGGUGUCUACUUCGAGGCCAACGGACACGGUACCGUCACCUUCUCCGAAAACGCCCUGAAGGUCAUCAAGAACACCGAGCCUCAAUCGCCGGCGCAGCAGCACGCCCUGGAGAGCCUCCAGGCUCUCACCGACCUAAUCAAUCAGGCUGUCGGUGACGCCCUGUCCGAUGCACUUCUUGUGGAGGCCAUCCUCGCCCACAAGGGCUGGUCACCCAAGGAGUGGCUUGGAACCUACACCGACCUUCCUUCGCGCCUCGUGCGUGUCGAGGUCAAUGACCGUUCUAUUUUCAAGGCAUACGACGCCGAGCGUAAGCUCGAAUCUCCUCCCGGCCUGCAGACCACUAUCGAGUCUCUUCAGUCUCGGUACAACAAGGGCCGCAGUUUCGCCCGUGCCAGUGGUACUGAGGAUGCCGUCCGCGUGUACGCUGAGGCUGCCAGCCGCUCCGAGGCGGAUGACCUCGCCACUCGCGUCGCCAACGCUGUUAGCGAGGCAGGCAGCGCCUAA